AUAUAGAUAUAUUUAUAUUAUUAUCCGCCCAACUUACCUUUUGGUUUUCUUUUAUUUUUUUUUCUAUUCGGAUUGAUAUUGGCACUCGCGAUCGAUCGUUUUAAUGUAAUCCAGUGUUGCAAUGGACGAGAAACAGGUGCAACUGAUCUCAAUAGCGGAGACCGCAAAGUUUUACGCCUCGUUAUGUCUGGGCACUACGGCCAUUCUGUCCGUAUUUGCGUUCCUGUUCCUGAUCCCGUUCGUUGUGGACCCGGCUAUCUCCAGCUUGAUGGCCGACUACGAACCGGAGCCCGUCACCUGCGUCGCUUCUCAGCACGUGUAUGCGGAAGGACUACGGAACUGCUCGUGGUCAUCCUGUCGGGAAGGUUGCACACGGGAAGCCACUCGCUGCCACCAGAUCUUGGUCAACUACUCCCGUAUACCCUUCCGCGACUACCGACCUCCCGUGCAAUUAGAAUGGGAUGUCUCCGACACCCGGUUCCUCAUCAACGCCGAGGGAUGUGGCUAUCCACCAAGUGUUAACUGCUCAAAAUUCGCACGCCAAUACGGAUUUGACUCGUCCGGAACACCAUUUCCAUGCUACUACAGUAGGGUCUAUCCCGACAUAGUAGUGGCAAGAUACUCUUGGGACGACACCCUCCGACACUUAAUUCUUUCCAUCGCUAUACCAAACUUACUGUUCGCCGCAUCUAUAGGCGUGCUAAGUUAUUGGUAUUGUCCAGGAUGCGGAAGGGCCUGCCACAAAUACAUGCACCAUUUUCCUAAUGAGGACGACGACUACGAAGACGAUGCUUACUAGUAGCGCGCUGAAGUAAUAACGGAACCUUCAUAACUUCAUCUAAAAUCUUCAAACAUUGUCGCCAGAUACCUUCCAUGAGCACACUGAGCCGGCCCCGGUAGUAACGAUCAUCAGUACAUUAAGGAUAACUUUGUUGGUCUACAGUUUCCUGAAACAUUCUCCUUGUGAUAAAAGAAAAACAAAGUAAUUAAUCAAUUAGUGGUAAUUAAAAAUCUAGCCAUCGGUAGGGUCAAUUUUAACGAAGAAGCUUUUUUUAAAAACGUAAUUAAGUAAUCCUAGCUAUAGUGUUUUUUUUUUUAAGAAAAUCUCAGCACAUCUUGAGCAAAUCGAAGUACACCAAGACUUUUAGCUGUUGCCUUCAAAAGGAACAUGAUAUAAGUAUGCGAGCUUUAAAUAGACGAAGAAUUUACUCAAUUAAAUGAAUUAAGGACCUAAGAAAAAAUAAUACUUUUUGAAAUAGGAAUAUUGUGUCGACAUAAGAACAUUUAUUAAGAUUAUAACGGGUUAUUAGCAUCGGGGACGGCUCCACUUAGCAGGGACGAGAUCCUUUGUCGACGCAGGGUGUAUAAGGAACAAAAUAAUAACAGGGGCGCAAUACUUAAAACACUUCAUAACACCAUAUGCCCCGCGCCUAGAAAGCGGUUUCCGGUUUUCCUGAUAGUAGUUUGCAUUUUUUUUCUUCUCCGAAACGCGCAAAAUGCGGACUUUAGAUGAGGUACAUUAUGAAGUUUUCCGAUACGGACGUAGUAUUUACAGAAUCUUUAAUCACGCUUUUCUUUUUCAUAGAGUUUGCUAAUAUUAAAAUAUUGAUAAUAUUAAGGGUUAAGAGUACGAAGAGUCCUACGUAACUGCCUUACGCUACAAAAAUAAAAAAAUAUAUUGAUAAAAUCAAUUGCAGUCGUUUUGUAAGUAAAAAUUAAUUAAUUUUAUAACGUUCGAUAAGCUAUAAUAACGAUAAUAAUAAGAACGUUAAGCGAUUUAACACUGUAAACUUAAUAUGUUUAAUACGAAUAAAAGUUUAUAUAAUAUAUUAUAUAUACGUAUAAAAAAAUAUGCAAAUGUCCGAAAAUAACGUU